AUGGAACGCACAUCUGGACGAGCUCGCAAGCCCUCUGCCCGUCUCAUUGAAUCUCGGGAGAACGCCACAUAUACUCAAAGUGCUCGCCGCCAUUCCGCCAAGACAUCUACCGCUCCGUCAUCACCUUCCGUUGCGAAAGAUUCUACGAUCGAAUGUCAAGCAGCGACUGGUUCAACAUUUAAUGAAACUUCUUGUGUACCUGUGACCCGAGAACCAUCCCCCCAAAGGCAGUCUUGCUUGGUUCCCAUCCUUCCCACUCAUGACCAAGGAUCUCCAUCCCUGAACCCUACACGAUCACGGCGGCGAGGCUUGUUGGACGUAGUUCCAGAAGGAACCCGUAGUUCCUUGUUAGCUCCAGACUCAAAUGACGACUCAGGUCUCAGCCAAUCAGAUCUGCCCUUCACAGUCCCUCGACCACGACCACGGGAGCAUGGUGAACAUACCUCUUCCGCGCAAGGGAAUUCAUCUAGUCACGUUGAUGCCAGACCAGGAACCCCGCUGCCCCGUCCAACUGUGAAUCCAGUGUAUCAAUCACCACCCAUCCUGCAGGAUCCCUCCACCCCUCCACCCUCUCGAGUCCCAACCUCUCCCGAUGCUGACUCCGAUGUUCCAUUGGCUGAUCAGCAAGGAGCAGAGCUCCUUUUCAUUCGGAGGAGGUGCCAGGUGCAAAUGCGGAUGAACUAG